AUGGAUGGCGUUGGUAUUUCGAGCAGUUCGGAAAACAGCGAUGAAAAUACACAUGGAGCAAAGAGCAGUUUCAAUGAUGUGCAAAUUUUCGUUAGAUUUUUGGAAUUCUUCAAUUUCGCUUUUCGUCAUGGCACUGUGUCAGCCCUUUACAAAGAUUCAUAUACAGGAAGAGAACUAUGGAGUAGUGGCAGUAAUCUUGCAAUGGAAUCCGAUGUUGAUGCUGAAUUGGAUUAUGAUGAAGAAUUGGAACGAAUUGAAGAACAGUCUGAAGUCACUGCGAUUAAAAACGAAGUGUCAAAUAAUAGCGAAAGAAAUAGGUAUGACGGGGAUUUUGUAAAGCGAAGUACUGGUGGACUUGAUUGUGAUGAAAGCAGCAUUCAUAAAGUUAUAGUUAGUACAGGAAAAGAAGUGGAGGAUGAGCUAAGUGAGGAAGGAGAAAUCGAUGACUUGGAAGAGGGCGAGUUAAAAUCUGAUGAAGAUAGUGUUACGGGUUCUAUAUAUUCAAAUGAAAAGUCGACUCGAAGGUCGGUUGGUCAAAACCGUGGGAAAGUUUUGGAACGUACUCCACAUCGUUUAUGGCGCGACAGUUCAGCCCCGGUUGGCAUUUGCAAAUUUUAUCUUCGUGGAACAUGUACAUGGGGACCAGACUGUAAAUAUCUGCAUAUGAAAGAGUCACGACUUGAUGGUUCGGCACCAGUACAAAGUUCGUCAAAUGAAAGUACUUACUCAGAGCGCAUGAAUACUACUGAUAAAGGAAGAACCAAAACCGACACCAAUGCACUCACUGUUUAUCCGUCCAGUUCAACAUCGAACGAAAAUGAGAGGUCAAACGGCAAUGAAACACCUUGGGAGAAAGGAUUACGUCAGGCGCGUGAAUUAAUGAUGAGAGCAUCAAAAAAACGCGAAGAAGAGCCUGAUUUUGAUCGUAAACGAUUGGUACUUGCCCCUAGUGGAGAUAUGGAUCGGCCACGAACAACGGAUGAAGAAUCGGACGAUUCUCGUGGACAUCGUAAAAUUGGACGUUACCGAACAUCGCGCUCACCGUUGUCUCGAGGCAUUGUAAGAGGACUAAAUGGUUUUGUACGUCCACGUGUUGAUGUUCCUUAUCCGAGGCUUAGGAAAUAUGACAGCCCAGUUAGAACUGACGAUAUCAGUGAUGAUCGUCAUUUUGAGCUAGAACAUCGCGGUAUUUACGAAAGAAAUGAAUUAGCAAAACCUCGAAAAAUUCCAUCUUUAAUAGAUACUAUGCUCGAAGGAGGACGUUUUGGAUUUUCAGGAAGAUAUGAUUACGGACGUGAUGAACCUUCUCGAUUACCUCCUAAAGAUCUUGGACCACAAGUUCUGUACCCAAAUGGAAGACCUACUUCUCGACGUCACGGACUUCCCCCGAGACGUGAAAUUUCUCCGAAUGAUCAUUAUCGUGUGUCACGGCGUGAUUCUCCACCUUGUAGCCCUCGUUCACCACUUUCGCGAACACCAAGAAAUUCUCACUCACCUGGUCAACGUUGCUCGCUUUCUCCUGCAGGAAAAAGACGCGGAUCACCACUAUUAGCAGAUAGACGAGAAGCGAAUAGAAAACGAAGCAGUGUUUGUGCUGUGGGUGGUCUUCUUUCUGUUGGUGACCAGAUUCGCGAUCCGUGGGAAAGAUCACAUAAAAAAGGCCGAAGCAAGGAUAGAGAACUGAUAUCUUUAACACUUGGGGCAGAACUUCAAAAAACUAGGCGAACCGGUAAUAACAAAAAGCAAACAUGUCGUCAGGACACUGCUAGCUCAACAAGCAGUGCUUCAAGAAGAAGUGCAAGUGCAGGUUCAUCAGUAACUUCUCGUUCUCGAUCACAUUCACGACCAUCCUCAAGAAACCGUCAUCAGUCAACUUUUCGUCCCUCAUUGGGAUCAGCUGUUGCUUCCAGAAAUCUAAUUGACGAUGAUGGAUCUUUAAGAGCAACAGAUCUUUCUUCUUUCCGCAUCCCAAAAAAGAAGAGGUCCUCUCCAGCGCACCCAGUGCAUCGUUCUAGUACACCUGCUAUUCGUGGAUAUAUGCAUUCAUUUGAGCGGCCCAGCAAUCAAAACAAGGGGUAUUCAUCUUCCAGCCUUCUCAAAAGACCCUCUUUAUGUCCGUUGCUUCGCUCUGGAAUUGCGCAGCGAGGGAUAAAAAGAGUGGAAGGAAUUACCGGUCGUACCAAUAGAGCUUAUAAACGCAAUGUUCUGUUCGCAGGAAAAGACGAUAUUUCAAGUGAUGAAAGUUCAUCGAGCACUUCUGGGAGCUCAAGUAGCAGUAGUGAUGAUGCAGAGCCUGCAGCUUAUCGUCUGAAAAAAAAAAUCGAUGAUGGUUUGCCCACUGAAGGAAUACCGCUAUCUCCUGAAGCUGCAGCAGAAGAUGUUUCUAGCGAUGAGGAAGAGAUUGUCUCCGAUACAUCUGUACAUGAACUAGUUGUACACCAUUCAAAGAAAGUACUGGCUGGAAAUUCACGACCAGUUUCAAGAAAAGCAGUUGCGGAGUGUCACGAGUCAAGGGUCGAUGAUGAUGAUUACGUGGAUAAUGAAGCAGAAAAAGAGGAAAGGCGUGCUGAGUUGCUGCGUCAAUUGAAAUGUGUUGAAGAAGCAAUAGCUCGUAAGCGUAGUCGGCCAGUUAUUUGA